AAGACACACAACACAACAGAGUAAAAACAAACAAACAUUAUGAAUUCGUCAUGGCCACGUUUUGCAGACAUGCUCAUAGAGCUAGGUGAAAAGGAAAGUAAUUGUGUGCUAUCUACCCUCACCCUAUUUUCAGUUAUAAGCUCCAUGACCUCUUUGUCUUAAUCAAUUUCGGGGGUACGUCAUGUCUAUUUUCAGUUAUUCUUUUACCCCGAUAUCGGAGUACUGUGACGGAAGCCCCACAUGAGCUGCGCAGGGGAGGCCCAUCAGGAGCGGAGGAUUCAUAUUGUUACAAAUGACAUUCGUUUGUGCAGGGAGAUCCAAAAGGCUGAGAAGGGAAAAAAGAAAGCAUCGCAAACAUAGCAAAUAGGGUAUUAUUUGCGUACUGGUUGUUCACCCUCUUCACGAAAGGCAGAUCUUUGAGAAGAGUUCCCCCCACCAGAAAUCAUCAAUGCUCCUUAAGGACCCGGGCUUAAGGAGUAAGAUUUGUAUUACCAUUAUUGAUUUUCAACAUGUCAGGCACAGUAGUGAUGAAAUUGAAGUUAGCGUUGUUAGCUUUGGUAUUGCUUUUUGGAGGAUUGUACUUUCUACAAUUUGCUGUGAGCGUCGAAGUAUCCCUAUGGCAACGCAUUUUGUCAGGAAUCCUUGGAGUCGCAUGUGUUUUGAUGGCUAUUCCGACCACAUGGAUGACCACUCUGCGGAUAUCCUAUGGUCACAGUCUUCACUCGGCCUACACACAGGUCAUCCUAAAUUUACUGUUGAUUCACACCCGUCACAGAAAGGUCAAGGGAUUCAUCGAAUCAUGGAAGAAUCCUCGAAUAACUCAGGAAAAUUACUUGAGAGAAAUCCUCAAGGCCAACGGCCAAACGGUUUAUGCGAUGGAUUUUGGAUUAAGUUCUGUAACAUCAAUGGAGGGACUUAGACGGAAGCACCCCUUGGCGACGUACGAACGGUAUCGGCCAUAUGUAGAUCGUAUGGCUAAAGGGGAAGAGGGUGUCUUGACUGCAGAACGCGUUGAGAGGUUUGCUCUGAGCUCGGGAACAACGGGCAGGUCCAAGAUGAUGCCUUUUACUAAAUCCUUCAGAAAGAUGUACAACGCUAUCGUUGGUCUAUCAAUAGACCUGCGUCUGAGAGAGUUUGGGAUAGGUUUCCUCCAGCGGGAAAUGACAAUCCAUACGGCGCCAAAAGUCAGGUAUUCCGAGGCUGGUAUUUUGAUGGGUCCUGCCUCAAUGAAGAACGCAUCGAAUAGACAUCUCUUGAGCUUGUACUCGAGCCCAGCAGAAGCCUUCCGAAUCAAGGACCCUCAUGAUUCUGUAUAUGUACACCUCCUAUUUGGGUUUCGCGAUAGGAAUCUUCGUAUUAUCUCUUGUAACUUUACCACCAACUUGCUGUCAGCUUUUAGGACAGCCGAACAACGCUGGCGAGAUAUAGUCAAAGACAUCGAGCUCGGGACAGUGACCGUUACGAAAGUAUCACCGGACAUCCACCAUGUUCUCGUCAGGAAGAUGGGCGGUGGGGACCCGAAGAGAGCGACAGAGCUUAAGAGGGAGUUCGAGAAGGGUUUCAAAGGCAUCAUGAAACGAGCCUGGCCUCACCUGAAACACGUACAAGCCAUUGAUUCCUCUGGUCUCAAGGAAUCACUGCUGAAUUCGUAUGCGAAAGGUGUACCCAUCUUUGGUUUCAUCUUUGCGGCCACGGAGGGAACGAUUGGUGUAAACAUCUGGCCCAAACAGAUUGGAAAAGAUGAAUAUGUUCUCUUGCCAUCUCUCUGUCUCAUGGAAUUCAUUCCAGAAACGCAUAUAAAUGAAGAUCAGCCAGAGACACUGUUCAUCGACGAACUAAAAGUCGGAGGUGUUUACGAGAUAGUCGUAACGCAGAUGUAUGGUUUCUAUAGAUUGCGAUACGGUGACGUCAUCAGGGUUACACGAUACCAUCACAACACACCUGUGGUGGAAUUUAUGUACAGAUCAGGUCAGAUUUUGGACGUUCACGGCGAGAAGGUAGAUCAAAUUACAGUACAGAGCUCACUUCAGGCUGCAGUGGGCCACUUCCCUAAUGUUACAUUGGGAAAUUAUGCAGUGGCAGAGAGCACUUUACUGGAUUGUCUUGUGAAACCUAAUACGGACCUCCGUGACUAUUACAUCAUAUUUCUGGAAUUGAAUCCCACACCAAAUGAAGACGCGUUAGCUGAUAUUCCUCUUAAAAAGGUUGAUGAAGAGCUAUGCCAUCAUUCCUUCACGUACAACUCGUUUCGUGAGAAAGGAAGUAUAGCCCCUCCCUUGGUUCACAUCGUGAAACCCGGCACAUUUGAUCGUCUGCAUGAUUUCAUCCUUGACAACAGCACGACUUCUACAAACCAGUACAAAGUGCCAAGGAAGCUCCGAUCAGCAGCUACUCUGAAACUCAUGCUGGAAAAUUCCAUAAAAUCAACAGUGGAUCAAUAAAACACAUACAUCAAAAUUACAAACAAGUAUCAUGGAAAAUGAUUGCAAGUUGAUCACGAAAAAAGGAAAACUUCGUGUGCAUUUAAAGAAACUGUGUGGAUGGUAUCGUAUGCCGCGCCAAAGUCUGUGCGACCACAUAAAUCGCGCGCAAGAUGCAUGGGCUAUGACAACCGUGACCAACCUAUCUCGAUCUUUCCGAUGUGGAAAGCACAUAGAUCAUAAAAGCUCCAGCUCCAAUAACGGACUCCAACAACUCAAACAGCAAAGCAAAAUAUUCCAUUGCAGUUUAGCACAGUUUGUGGUGUAGUUACGUGGAAGCAUCAUUUAUUUCAUGCCCAGAUUAGUACGUUUAGACCCAAUAAAAACCCCAUUCCAUGUAUUUCCGAUCCAUGUUUCCUUGUUCAAACUAUACUAUUUUCCUCAAUAAAACUGUAGAAUAUAUUAAUUACACUUCAUUUUUAUGAUGUAAACUAUUUCCCUUCCAAGACCACGAUAUAUUUACUUUCUAUACAACUGGUAGUCUUAUUCUGCUGAAUACUUCCUCUUAUGUUUUACUUGCCACCGACGUUUUCUGUGCACAGUGGGCAAAUGACACUACCUAUCUGAAGGGGGGGGGGGGGGUAGAGUGCCUUCCAUCUUAUCGAAUUGUGUUAACUUUAUUUUAUUAUCAGAAUCGUUUUUCUUACACUUUUUUUCGAAGGCUGAAAUUAUUAUUGAACAAUCAUACUAUUUCAAUAGAAACUCUAUGUUUGAUAUUAUGUUUUGUUUUAUGUGUAAAUAUAUAUAUAUAUUUUUAACUUGCUCUUUCGUGGCCGUUGUAGCAGGGUUUAUCACGCAGGCUCUAUUGUGUCUCCUCAUUCCAUAUGACUUAAUGUUUUUAUAAUAAACCUACCUAAACAUGUCAAUGAUACACAAAUUUUUAAUGGUAUCCAAUUUUGGAAUGCUCUUCCUAAUAAAGUAAAAGCUGUUAAAUUUUUUCCCCUCUUUUUAAGAGUGCAUUAAAGAAGCACCUAAAACUAGAAUCUACCCAAGAACAUAAUUACCAGUAAAAAUCACACAUUUUGUACAGUUGGUUUCUAUCAUUGUAGAUAAUGUAGGGUAUGUUAAAAUAUAAUCUUGUUUUCUUCAGGUGUUUGCAAAUUAUUUGACUGAUGGAUAUGUAUUUUUUUACCAUUAUUUUUUUUUACUAGUACUUGUCGUUUAUACUUUUUGUUGUUGCAAUAUAUUAAUGUUUUAUACUAACAAUAGGUCCCCAUUAGAAAUAAGCCUUUCGGCUUUCAUGGGCUAUCUUGUCAAGGUAUUCUUCAAAUUCAUUGUAGUCACCUGUGAUAUUCUUGACGAAUAAAAUCAAUCAAUCAAUCGAUCAUGUUUGUAAAUGUAUUUUUAGUACUGUAUAUGGGUAAGAUAUGAAAUAAUAAAUAGCUGGCAAAUACAUUUGAUCAUUGUAAGUCUGUCAUUGUUAAACAACUGAAGUUAGCCUCGAUAAAAAAGAUUAAAUGAAUUAGAACACACAUUGAA